UCUAGUGCACAGGUAUCAAACUGGCGGCCCUCCAGCUAUUGCCAAACUACAAGUCCCAUGAGACAUUGCAAGAUUGACAGUUACAAGCAUGACUCCCAAAGGCAGAGGCAUGAUGGGACUUGUAGUUUCACAACAGCUGGAGGACCGCCAGUUUGACACCCCUGGUCUAGUGCAGGGGUAUCAAACUGGCGGCCCUCCAGCUGUUGCGAAACUACAAGUCCCAUCAUGCCUCUGCCUGGGAUUGGGAGUCAUGCUUAUAACUGUCAAUCUUGCAAUGCCUCAUGGGACUUGUAGUUUGGCAACAGCUGGAGGGCCACCAGUUUGACACCUGUGGGUUAGG